GGCGUGUGUGCAUGUCUGUGUGAGCUUGGUUUUCCAUCUUCCCUUGAGCCUGUGGAAUGGCUUGGAAGCUAGCUGAUCCCUUAGGAUUCUUGACUUUGGGGAGCUCCAGGCUAUGAGCACAAGCCACCCAUGUAAUUCAUUUAGCACGGUCGGUUUUAUCAGGGGAGGAAAAAAAAAGCGCACUGGACGGGGGUGGGGCAGGCUGAAGAACCCUUCUGGAAAUACACACGCAGACGACAGGCAGAAUUGAAAGACCUGACAAGACUUUCAUCAACCUCUGCUGACCCUCCGUGGCCUUGCAAGAUUGUAGCUGUUUGCUACCGUUUCCAGUCGCCUUGGCGUCUCUCCUGUGGUUCGUUAGUCGCUUUCCUGCCAGCUGCGUGUGUAUGUGCGUGUGUGUUGGUGCGCGUGUGCUAUGUGCGCGCGCCUAUCUGAUGCAUUCGACUGUCUUUUUAUCCAACUGCCCAGAAGCCAAUGUGUGAACUCCCCGUGCUCUGGUUCUCCGGGAGCGCAGGGGACGCCCGGACGCAUUUUCCCGGUUGGAUUUAGAGCCGCCGAGGGGCUGAGGACCCCCGUGCGAGGAUCACUGGAGCCACACGUUGGAAAGCGGCGGUCUUAACCGGCUUCCAGGUACAGGGCAAGGUCAAGAGGGGGGCUUGCAGACGUCCUGCUUCCGUGCAUCCAGACUUUGCUGGCUCAGCGAGAAGGAUACGAAAGUUCAGCCCUCCGAGCUGGAGCUGGUUCACUAUACUAACAAGAUAACGAGGAUUGCUUUUCAAACUGCGUAAAGAAAAAACAAAACUGACGCUUGUCUAGCCCUUGCCGGGCUCCCUAUUCCUUACCAAAAUGUCACCAGCUCUUGAAUUGCGAGGCUUUGGUUUGGAGGAGAACUUGAAGGAAACGUGAUCGCAGGGCCAGGCGAGAAGGAGACGCUGUUCUUUGCUGCCGGGGGUCUACUGGGCUUAGACGUCGGUGGUUUGGAGAGCGACCUGGACCUUCCUUGCUUCUCCCUCUCGAGGCAGUGCUGCGUGUGCAAGUGUGAGUGCGCGCGCGCCCGGAUGAGUGUGUGCGAGUGUGUGUGAGUGUGUGAGUGCGCGGCCGCCCAGCCUCUGCCCGCUCCCCGGGCGCAGAGCCCCGGCUUCCAUGGGGCGAUCCGCGCGGAUCCCGCAGCCAGCGCGACCUGCAGGCAGCGGCGGCAGUGGCAGGAGCCACCUCUCCCACUCCCUAGGAUGCGGGUGCUGAGCUAUGGCAAAGGGCAGCGAAGUGACGAGCGAGGCACGCGCACGACUGUGAAAGCCACCUGGAGCCACCUUGCCGGGAUUGUACCUGCGGGCAGAAAGUCCUCCUAUGACCGUCUUUUCCCCUAGUGGCACCAGUUUCAUGGCCUUUUCAAAGCGAUCAUCUCUCAGCUUUGCAAAAGCCAGCAAAUCACAACCACACUACCUGCUUUCUUGAGGUCAUACUAAAUAAGUCCCUGUAGCCAUUCAGCCAGGUGUUGAGAAGAUAUGUAGUAGCUGAUCACCCUUCCCUCUGACACCAUCUUCAGAAUCAGUUUUGGAGAUGCUUUCACCCUGUCCAUGUUCUGCAGCAGCCAGGCAGAGUGCUGACUCCUUCGCAGUAGCGAGGAAAUCUUCAAGCUUCAGAAGCUCUUAAAUCUGAUCUACAAUGGAAAAAUUCCUUUUUUACCUGUUUUUCAUUGGCAUCGCAGUGAGAGCUCAGAUCUGUCCAAAACGUUGUGUCUGUCAGAUUUUGUCUCCUAAUCUUGCAACCCUUUGUGCCAAGAAAGGGCUUCUAUUUGUUCCACCAAACAUUGAUAGAAGAACUGUGGAACUGCGGUUGGCAGAUAAUUUUGUUACAAAUAUCAAAAGGAAAGAUUUUGCUAAUAUGACCAGCUUGGUAGACCUGACUCUAUCCAGGAAUACAAUAAGUUUUAUUACACCUCAUGCUUUUGCUGAUCUACGCAAUUUGAGGGCUUUGCAUUUGAAUAGCAACAGAUUGACUAAAAUUACAAAUGAUAUGUUCAGUGGGCUUUCCAAUCUCCAUCAUUUGAUACUGAACAACAAUCAGCUGACUUUAAUUUCUUCUACUGCUUUUGAUGAUGUCUUUGCUCUGGAGGAGCUGGACCUGUCUUAUAACAAUCUGGAAACAAUUCCUUGGGAUGCUGUUGAGAAGAUGGUUAGCUUGCAUACUCUGAGUUUGGAUCACAAUAUGAUUGAUAACAUUCCUAAGGGGACUUUUUCCCACUUGCACAAGAUGACUCGGCUAGAUGUAACAUCAAACAAAUUGCAGAAGCUACCACCUGACCCCCUCUUUCAGAGAGCUCAGGUACUAGCAACCUCAGGAAUCAUCAGCCCAUCUACUUUUGCAUUGAGUUUUGGUGGAAACCCCUUGCAUUGCAAUUGUGAGUUGCUGUGGCUGAGGCGUCUGUCCAGAGAAGAUGACCUAGAGACCUGUGCUUCUCCUGCACUUUUAACUGGCCGCUAUUUUUGGUCAAUUCCUGAGGAAGAGUUUCUGUGUGAGCCUCCACUCAUUACUCGUCAUACACACGAGAUGAGAGUCCUGGAAGGUCAAAGGGCAACAUUAAGGUGCAAAGCAAGAGGAGACCCUGAACCUGCAAUUCACUGGAUUUCCCCUGAAGGCAAGCUUAUUUCCAAUGCUACGAGGUCUCUGGUAUAUGAUAACGGAACACUGGACAUUUUGAUAACAACUGUGAAGGAUACAGGUGCUUUUACCUGUAUUGCUUCCAAUCCUGCAGGAGAAGCAACACAAACAGUGGAUCUGCAUAUAAUUAAGCUCCCUCACCUACUCAACAGUACUAACCACAUCCAUGAGCCUGAUCCUGGUUCUUCGGAUAUCUCAACUUCUACUAAGUCCGGUUCUAAUGCAAGCAGCAGCAAUGGUGAUACUAAAAUGAGUCAAGAUAAAAUUGUGGUGGCAGAAGCAACUUCAUCUACAGCACUACUCAAAUUUAAUUUUCAAAGAAAUAUUCCUGGAAUACGGAUGUUUCAAAUCCAGUACAAUGGUACUUAUGAUGACACCCUUGUUUACAGAACCUUCGUGAUUCUAUUUUGAAUAUCCUCAGUGGUGGCAAAUCUUCGUCUUUUGAGGGUGAAUUUGAAUUUUGGAAACAAGCAAAAGCCUUUUGGAUUCAAGUCUUGUGAACAAGAAUGAUACCUCCCACGAGCAAAACGUUUCUGGUCAAUAACCUGGCGGCUGGAACUAUGUAUGACUUGUGUGUCUUGG